AACUACACAUAUAGACGAACUAAGAAUCCUAUUAGCAACAACGAUAUCGAUAUUAUUUCUAUAAACGAAACAAAACUGAACGAGAGCAUUCAAGAUCACGAAGUUCAUAUUCCAGGAUACGAAAUAAUUCGCCGCGAUAGACUUACGAAAGGCGGCGGGGGGGUAUGCUUCUACGUUAAAAAUUCAAUCAACUUUACAGUACGAUCUGAUCUACAUAUGGAUGCAUUAGAGAAUCUUUGCUUGGAAAUCCAUAAGCCAAAAACAAGACCUUUUGUGAUUGUUACGUGGUAUAGACCACCUGACUCUCCUAUUGGCAUUUUUUCACCUUUUAAAUCCCUUAUUGGGAAAUUGGAUAGUGAAAAUGUAGAAUUUUUUGUACUGGGAGACAUGAACUGUGACAUGGUCACUGCACGAUAUGACAAUGAUACAUCCAAAUUAAAGAAUAUUGCUGAUGUCUACGGACUCGAGCAACUCAUCGCUGAACCGACGAGGAUAACACCCACCUCGUCAACUUUAAUUGAUUUAAUUUACACCAACUGCUCGGAUAAGAUCGCCUGUUCGGGAGUUUGUCAUGUUGGGAUAAGUGAUCAUAGCAUGGUGUAUGUUUAUAGAAAACUUGCUCUGAACGGGAUGUCGAAUGGACAUAAUUCAAUAACAUACAGAAAUUUCCGAAAAUUCGAUUGCCAAAAUUUUCGAGAUGAUAUUCAG